AUGGCCAACAUUCACACCCCCAUCCCAUCGCUCAAGCUGAACGAUGGCACCUCGAUCCCCAUGCUCGGAUAUGGGAGCGGCACCGCAUGGUACAAGACCGGAGAUGAGAGCAAGGUGGACGAAGAGCUGGUGAAGAGCAUAAAGAAGGCAAUCGAGCUAGGAUACCAUCACCUUGAUGGAGCUGAAGUCUACAGGACUGAGCCGGAGCUGGGUAUGGCGAUCAAGCAAAGUGGCGUAGAACGCGAGAAGUUGUACGUUACGACCAAGGUCAACAACAACAUCGCCGAUAUCAAGGGCGCUAUCCAGACCAGCUUGCGCAAGCUGCAGCUCGACUAUGUGGACCUCUACUUGAUCCACUCUCCAUUCUUCGCCAAGUCUGACGAGGACUUGCAAGCCAAAUGGGCAGAGAUGGAAGAAGUGCAAGCCCUUGGGCUCGCCAAGACCAUCGGCGUGUCCAACUACCUGCCACAGCAUCUUGAGGCGACGCUGAGGACGGCCAAGGUCAAGCCCGCCGUCAACCAGAUCGAAUUCCACCCGUACUUGCAGCACCCGCAGUUGCUUGAGUACCACAAGAAGAACGGCAUCGCAACGGUCGCAUAUUCGCCUCUGGCUGCUAUCGUCAAGGCGAGCCCUGGCCCGGUUGAUGACUACAUGGCCGCUCUGGCGAAGAAGUAUGCCGUUUCCGAAGGCGAGAUCAGCUUGCGCUGGUGCAUUGACCAGGACAUCGUGGCCCUGACGACGAGUGGAAAGGAACAGCGUCUAUCGGAUUACCUCCGGUGCGCGACGUUCAAGUUGUCGCCUAAGGAGAUCCAAGAGGUUAAGGCGCUGGGCGAGAAGAAGCACUACCGUGGAUUCUGGGCCAAACACUUUGCCGAGGAUGAUAGAUCGUAG